AUGUACUCAUCCUCGCGCUAUGCGACUUCACCAUGGUCUUUGGCCUCACCAAAACCGUCCACUGCAUCAGAACUUCCACCUACAACAACAGUCUCCCGUCCUUCAACUCCCGCAAACCAAUUUCCAACAUUAACAAGCCGUCCCCCCACAUCCCGAUCCCUAUCCACAACCCGCUCCUCAAUCUCCGACGUACCACCACCUCCCCUUUCUAUCCCCCCACACGCAACAUGGACAUGCCGCACCUGCCGUACUACCCACCCAUUCACCUCCACCAACCCCAUCCGACCUCUAGGCACCUUACGUUGCUCCACCUGCCACCUCGUCGCUAACUCCUCCGUCCAGAUCCACGGUCUGGCCUUCACGCUGCCCCGAGGCACACACUCCGCUGUCUCCCUUCCGCCGGGCAGCUUACAGUGGCCAAGGAGCAGUCUGAUCUGGGCGUGCUGCGCGUGCGGCCGCAGCCAUAUCAAGCACUGGAAACCGGUGUCUCGCCCAUCACCGCAUCGUAGUGCGGAGCCACAUGCACGCAUACGGUCAGGCGCCGAAGACGAGAAGCACAGCCUCCGUAGGACGCUGAAGAAAGUCUUUCAUAAGCGUGAGCAACGCAGCGAUAGCGUUUCUGAUCCUGUGCGUCCUAUCGAUGUUGAGAUUGAUAGUGCGACUCCGGUCUUUCGGAGUAGUGUCGAACGUCCUGCGAUCUGUGUAGUGGCGGAAGACGAGUGGCUCGCACAUGAUACUAUGCCGCAGGGUGACGUUGUAAACGUAGACGAACCGAAAUGCGUUGACCAGCCGGAGGAGGAACAGGUGGGCCGUCCGGCGACGAUGUGUAGCCUACUAGGGUUGCCUGGAAUUACGCGGCCGUAUGGAGAGGGGGAGGGGAGUAACGAGGGAAUGAUCUGGGAGCGGGAGGAGGAUGGACGGUGGGUUAGGUAUUUGAGAUCAUUUAGUGAGCAUGUUUAG